AUGAACGUGGAAACUCCUUCGUCUCAAUCAUCUCCGCAUAAUCAUUCUUUGAAGAUCAAAGGACUAUUCCGAAGAGGCCUCAACCUUUCCUCAACCGAUAGAAAUGUCAUUUUCGACUACCUAAACGCUGCCGGGAAAGAGCUGAAAGGAUACGAGGUCGAGAUCAACAAGCUUAAAGCAGCUAUUCUCUCUUUGGAAAAUAGGCGAGACUUGUUGAAGAACAAGAUGGACCGAUAUCGUUCUCUGCUAUCACCGAUUCAUCGAUUGCCAACUGAGGUGUUGGAAAAAAUUUUCAUUCAUGACGCGCGAGCGGUCCUUUGUCCGAGAGUUGUGCCCGAAGUUAUCAGUCUCUCUAUGGUUUGCGGUCGUUGGCGCGAGGUCAUCUGCUCGACGCCAUCGUUAUGGACGAAUAUCAGCCUAAACGUGGAACGAUGGUCCCGGUCCGCUGACGACGCGACCGAUGGCAUUACCCGCCUUACAUAUGUUCUCCAACUUUUCCUAGAUCGCUCCAGGUCUGCACCGUUGAAACUCGACCUACAUAUGCGCUCUUCAGUGCUAGCUGCCGAUCCGACUACCAAAAUACUUGAUGUUCUUGCUCCAAGCAUGAAUCGGUGGAGGAUUCUCGACUUGAAUAUAUCACCCGAAAUAUUCGAACAUCCCGCCUUGCAGUUGCUUCCCCAGCGGCUUUCAUCCCUUCAACAUGUCACCCUGUCGUCAUCAUUGAGUGACCGCCAUGUCAACCUAUUCAACAAAUGCCCUUCCCUCACAUCCCUCGUGCUUCAUGAAACAGAAACCCCUUACAGAUUUCAACGAGAGUGGCCGGGAAUCAAGACUCUCGAGAUUAGUCUAGAUGCUAGUUCCGCCACGUUCGUAUCGUCCUUUCUACAAGUGUGUCCAAACCUGGAAAAGCUCUCCAUUUGGACUUCUUCUACACGUCAAGAACUCGAAUCUCUCAUUGUUAUCUCUCGCCUCAAAUCCCUGGAUUUGACUGGCUACCGUCUACUCUCUCUCUUCCAGUAUUUUUCACUUUCAAACUUGUCGACGAUGACUCUAGACAUACAUGAUGAAGAAGAGGACAUCCAGAUUUUCGCGGAAUUUUUGUCUCGUUCGAAUUGUAACAUCACACAUUUGACCCUCAUUCCCCCGGAUUUACGUACCGAUUACACCCCCGUGCUAUCCUUCUUGCGACUCCUUCCAACAGUCCAGGAACUUCAUCUUGACGUGCGAGCGAAUAAUGGGGCCCUCUUCGGCACGUUUUUAGAUCAACUGUUCGUGGGACAGCUCAGCUCGCCCCUACUGCCUCAUCUAACCGAUCUCACCCUUAUCAUUGAUGAAUUCUGCUACGAAGAGGAGCCUCUUGUGCGUGCUGUCAAAUCGAGAUGGCUCCCUGACUUACAGGACCCAUCGGAGGCUGGCGUCACAUGCUUACAGUCACUCAAACUCGAGGUGCUGACCUACGAAUUUACCCCCACCCUGGAACCGCUACUCUAUCUCAGAGAUGCUGGGUUGAGAGUGGAAGUCUUUUGA